GGGAAGGCCCAACAUCAGAACAAGACGAGUUUGAGCCCACCCGAGACACCGAAUGGGGAAUCCAGGGUCGGGUCACCGUCGUCGGAGGCGCCACCGUCGGCGAUCUCCGACAAUGUGGGAAUGAAGGCCAUUCACCCGACGCCGAAGCUCUCAGACUUCUACGAGUUCUUCUCGUUGUCUCACCUCUCUCCCCCCAUUUUACAAUUGAAGAGAUGUGAAGUGAAGGAUGAAGAUGAUAGGCGCAAAGGGGAUUACUUUCAGCUUCAGGUUAAAAUAUGCAAUGGGAAGGUAAUAGAAGUGGUUGUUUCAGAGAAAGGGUUUUACACUGUGGGGAAGCAAUCUCUGCACAGCCACACCUUGGUUGAUCUUCUCCAACAGCUCAGCCGAGCCUUUGCUAAUGCAUAUGAAUCGUUGAUGAAAGCCUUUUUGGAACGUAAUAAGUUUGGAAAUCUUCCUUAUGGAUUCCGAACAAAUACAUGGCUUGUCCCUCCAUCUGUGGCUGAGUCUCCUUCAAGCUUUCCUGCAUUGCCCGCAGAGGAUGAAAACUGGGGUGGUAAUGGUGGCGGCCAAGGAAGAAAUGGCGAAUUCGAUCUUAGACCGUGGGCAACGGAUUUUGCAAUAUUGGCCUCUCUUCCUUGCAAAACUGAGGAGGAGAGAGUAGUCAGGGAUAGAAAAGCAUUUCUGCUUCAUAAUCAAUUUGUUGAUACCUCAAUAUUUAAGGCUGUUGCGGCUAUACAGCACGUCAUAGAGUCCAACUCAAACAUGAAGAGUCAAUUGAAUUCUUCUCUAGGUGCUGUUCUGCAUGAAGAUCGUGUGGGAGACUUAUCCAUUGUAGUCAAACGUGACAUCCAGGAUGGAAAUAAAAAGCAUGAUUCUAUGCAAGUUGAAUCUAUCAUGCAAAAGGAUGAUGUUCAGAAGAAUUUAAUCAAAGGAUUGACAGCUGAUGAAAGUGUAGUUGUUCAUGAUACUUCUUCCUUGACUGUCGUCGUUGUACACCACUGUGGAUAUACUGCAACAGUAAAGGUUGUGGGUAAUGUGAACAUGAGGAAGCCUAAAGUUCGAGACAUUGAGAUAGACGAUCAGCUAGAUGGUGGGGCAAAUGCUCUCAACAUCAACAGUUUGAGGAUGCUGCUUCACAAGUCUGGAUCUGAUUCAUUAGAAGGGAAUGUAUCAUCCCAAUCAAUUUUGGAUGACGAAGAUGCUACUAAAAGCCUUGUUCGAAAGGUUAUUCAAGAAGGCAUAGAGAAAAUAAAGGAGGAGCCAAGUAUUUCAAAAAGGUCUAUUCGGUGGGAACUUGGUUCCUGUUGGAUGCAGCAUUUGCAAAAACAGGAAACUUCAUCUGAUAACUGUUCCAAAAACAAAGAAGAUGGGAAUGACGUUGAGCAAGCUGUUAAAGGUCUUGGAAAGCAAUUUAAAUUUUUGAAGAAGAGAGAGAAGAAAUCAAAUAAUGUAGACGGUACAGAUUCUCGAGAGCAAAAUGACUCUAGCCCUGGAGAUGUGAAUGACAAUGCUGAUAAAGUUGAGCCGAACAGUGGUGACAUUAGUAACUCUAGUGAAUUAGAGAAACUACUUUCUAACGAAGCAUUUUUGCGUCUCAAAGAAUCUGGAACUGAUCUUCAUACGAAGUCAGUGGAUGAGCUUAUCAACAUGGCACACAAGUUUUAUGAUGAAGUUGCCUUGCCAAAGCUGGCUAUGGACUUUGGAUCACUUGAACUUUCUCCUGUGGAUGGGCGAACACUGACUGACUUUAUGCAUUUAAGAGGCUUAAAGAUGCGAUCUUUGGGUCAAGUGGUUAAACUUGCUGAGAAUCUUCCUCACAUACAAUCCCUUUGUAUUCAUGAGAUGAUUACUCGAGCUUUCAAGCAUCAACUUAAAGCAGUUAUUGCCUCUGUUGAAAAUGUAGCUGAUCUAUCUGCAGCCAUUGCAUCAACACUAAAUUUCUUACUUGGUGGGAGUCGAACAGAAGAUAAUGAUCAAAGUUUGAAUGAUGAUCAUAGUCUCAGAAUUCAGUGGCUACGAAUGUUUUUGUCCCAAAGAUUUGGGUGGAUACUGAAUGAUGAAUUUCAACAUUUGAGGAAGUUGUCGAUUCUCAGAGGGCUAUGUCACAAGGUUGGAUUGGAAUUAUUCCCUAGAGAUUAUGACAUGGAGUCUAUUAAGCCCUUUGGGAAAAAUGAUAUUAUCAGCUUGGUUCCUGUUUGCAAGCAUGUAGGGUGUUCCUCAAUAGAUGGACGCAAUUUGCUGGAGGCUUCAAAAAUUGCUCUUGAUAAAGGAAAGCUUGAGGAUGCUGUAAUUUAUGGAACAAAGGCAUUGGCUAAAAUGAUGGUUGUUUGUGGACCCUAUCAUCGAAAUACUGCUAGUGCAUAUAGUCUCCUAGCUGUGGUUCUCUACCACACAGGAGAUUUUAACCAGGCCACCAUUUAUCAGCAAAAGGCCUUGGAUAUAAAUGAGAGGGAGCUUGGUCUUGACCACCCUGACACUAUGAAAAGCUACGGGGAUCUUUCUGUUUUCUAUUAUCGUUUGCAACACAUUGAGCUGGCUCUGAAGUAUGUUAAUCGCGCUCUAUUCCUUCUUCACUUUACAUGUGGGCUGUCUCAUCCAAACACAGCUGCAACAUAUAUAAAUGUGGCUAUGAUGGAAGAGGGCAUGGGAAAUGUUCAUGUGGCACUCAGAUACUUGCAUGAAGCUCUUAAAUGCAACAAAAGAUUGUUAGGAGCAGAUCAUAUACAGACUGCAGCUAGCUACCACGCCAUAGCUAUAGCUCUUUCAUUGAUGGAUGCAUUCUCUCUGAGUGUGCAACAUGAGCAAACUACACUAAAGAUACUUCAAGCAAAGCUUGGAUCAGAAGACCUUCGUACACAGGAUGCUGCGGCUUGGCUUGAGUAUUUUGAAUCAAAAGCCAUAGAGCAGCAAGAAGCAGCUAAAAAUGGAACUCCAAAGCCUGAUGCAUCCAUUGCAAGUAAAGGUCACCUUAGCGUGUCAGAUCUCCUGGAUUUUAUCAGUCCUGAUCCGAAAAGAAACGAUGCACAGAGAAAACAGAGGCGUGCAAAGCUGCUCCCAACAAGUGAUAACAGUCAAGAACAUGAAGAUGCAGUAGCUGAGGAGAGCAUUGUUUUUUAUGACUCAAGAGAUGCUCCAAGCAUGGUAGAAGAGAAUAUAGAAGAAACCAAUGACACACGUGAUUCUCAAAUACCAAAAGAAAAUAGUGAUUUCACUAGUUACAGGCCAGUGACAAGUGAAGUUGUUUAUGAGGCCUCAUCCGAUGAGGGUUGGCAAGAAGCAAAUUCAAAAGGGCGAUCAGGAAAUGCUACUAACCGCAAGUUUGGCCACAAAAAGCGGCCUCUUCUAUCAAAGCUCAGCAUCAAUGGUUCUAAUAAUUACAUUUACAGGGAAAGCAGUUCUAGGAAUGAGAUUACUUCACCACCACAAAGAGGAGUUCCUAGAGCAAUGUCCGACAUGUCAUCUCCGUCUAGACAACCAAAAGCUCGAAACAUUGCUUUGAACGAGGAUUCUGUUAAUUAUCCAACAAAAACUUCUGUGUCAAAAAUUUCAUCUCCAGCAUCUCUAAGUUCCUUGGCUUCAAAGUCUAUAUCUUACAAAGAAGUAGCUCUGGCUCCACCAGGUACAGUUUUAAAGCCACUGUUGGAAAAGACUGAGAUGGACAAGAUUAAUGCUGAAGAUGAGAUAUCCAACAGUCUACCUGUGACAUCAACCAACGAAGGUACGUUCCGAAGUUCCAUAGUUAAUGCAGUUUCUCAGCAUGAUGAAACAGAGUUAACUCAAGAAAUCGAACCUCAACAAGAAAAUUCUGCAUUGGAAGUUGAGAAGGUUUCCCUUGCUUCUUCUGAUCAGGAAAAACCCACAGAAACAAAUGGCAGUAAGCUUUCAGCUGCAGCCAAACCUUUCAAUCCAGGAAUGUUGUCCAUGUCUCACCAUUUAAAUUCAGGUUCCUUCACUAGCAUGUAUGAUACAGAUGUUAGUCAAGGCAUGAAUGUGGAGCCUGUGUUUCCCCCUGCUGUUGCUAGGGUCCUUGUGGACCUAGAUCACCUCUAUAUUACAGAACCAACUAUACUUUCCGCAUGAAACAUGGUUUUAGUAAAAGCCAAACACCUAUAGGAGAAAGAAGCGGAUUUGGAUCUCCAAGAAUUAUGAAUCCUCAUGCGCCUGAGUUUGUUCCAAGAAAUGCUUCUCAGAUAGAAGCCAAUGAUUCCAAUUCAAAUGUUUCCGAUGAGCAUAACUCUUUAUCUGAGGUAAGCAUGGCAGAAAAA